UAUCUCUUUGCCAUGUUUCUUUUUAUAGAUUCAUCGAACGUUCAGGAACGAAUUGAACCUUGCAGCAACAAAGUAUAGCGGUUUCUUCCUUGAGAGACUCAACCCAAGUUUGAAAGAUGGCUGCAGCGGCACUUUCUCUGGACAACCCAAUCUUCCGCAUGUACAUGGGCUAUGCUUUUCUGGUCAUCAUCAAGACAAUAGCCAUGAGUUUUGCAACGGUUUUUUUCCGAAUUACAUUGAAGGUGUUUUUAAACCAAGAGGAUGUUGCUUCAUUUGACCCAAACAAGACAAAUAAGGGCCCGCAGGUUCACCCAACGAUUGAGCGAAUUCGAAGAUGCCACCAGAAUGACCUGGAAAACGUGAUCCCCUUUGUUCUGAUGGGCCUUCUCUACGUCGCAAGCGGACCCACAACGUUUGCCGCAUCGCUACAUUUCCGCAUCUUCACUGCUAGCAGAUUUCUCCACACAUAUGUUUACAUCUUCUCCAUCCCUCAGCCCACUCGUGUGCUGGUUUUUCACGUGGGAGUGUUCACGACGCUGUCCAUGGCCUAUACUGUUUUUUCUCAAGUAGCUUUUUGAAGAGUGACAGAACAGAACAUUUGACUUUGCUGUUAACAAAUGAUAUAAUGUUCUUAAAUAAGGAAGAUUAAAUUUUACUUUUAAAAGGGUGUAGAAAUGAUAUAGUGUUUUCAAUUAAGAAAAGCUGAGCAUAUAUAUAUAUAUAUAUAUAUAUAUAU